ACCAUCAAAUUGUGGAAAACUAGAAUUACACCUUCCCGUUGUAGCCAAUACUACUGAAUCACUGAUAGCUAGCUAGUCAUUUGUUUAGUGCCUUGAAUUCUAAACGCUGGUCUAAUCUUCUUGUAAGCACAGAAGAUAUAUUUUUAUUAAAGUCACCUCUGGCAUACACAGAUUGAAAACUCCGUGGCCUUCACUUCAAAUAAAGUGUCAUUGGACUUGUCAUACACUAUGUUCUUCACCUAGCUUUUUUAAGGGCUACUAGUCUUCUUUAGAAUAACCUGGAUAAAGCUAGAGCCAAUUUAGAAGUUCUUGUGAUGAUCUACUGUUCUAGGGGCGGACCAGGUGAUGAUUGUUCAGAUCUACACAGGCACCAGCAUGAAUGAUGAAGUAGCUUCACUUUCCCCUCAUAAAAACAUGUUGCAACAGUUGCUGCAGACAGAUUGAAAACUCCGUGGCCUUCACUUCAAAUAAAGAGUCAUUGGACUUGCCAUACACUAUGUUCUUCACCUAGCUUUUUUAAGGGCUACUAGUCUUCUCUAGAACAACCUGGAUAAAGCUAGAGCCAAUUUAGAAGUUCUUGUUGUUGAUCUACUGUUCUAGGGGACCAGGUGAUGAUUGUUCAGUACGCCCACCAAUGCUAUUACUGUCAGGGCAGCUGUGACUCCAAAGUUCUGGAAGCUUAUUGUGGUAUGACUUAGGAUUUUGGGUAAGAAAUAUUCAAUUUGAUUGACAUGUUCUCCUUUCCCAAUUGAAUAAUUGCUUAGAUUAUUGCAUUACUUAAGAUAUAAAAUUGAUUAAAAUUUAAGAUAUAAAUUUUUAACCUUUUGCAAAUAGAAGCGAAAAACAUUCAUGAUGAUCCAACCAAACCUCAAACUCAUACAUUAAUUGCAAUAAAUAAUUCUAUUAAUUUCUAAUUAUAUAUAAUUAACAACUUAUUGAAUGUAAACCAUUGAUUUAAAAUAAUUCACAACCAUUCUUUCAGGAAGAUGAAUUUUUUUUGCAUGUAAAUCACAUAACAAAGCAUCAUACAAUCCUUAGCAUAUACUUCCCCUUAAUUAUCCACAAUACCCAAAGAGAAACAAGUGAGUGGAUGAAAUGAGGGAUAGGAAAGGGAAAUAGUGAUAAGAAGAAAUAGUGGAUAAAACAGAAGAUGACUUGAACCCCUCUAUAUUAAACAGAACAAUUGGGCUCCUCACUUGGAUCGUACCAUUGUCCCAAACCAAAGAAGCUGACACAAAAGAUUCCCUUAUCGCUCCUCACAUGAACGAUAAAACAAUUGGCUCUAUUUUAAUAAUCAGUUCUCGUGGAGCAAUCACGCUAGCUUUAUAUGUGGAAACCAAGAAGCCAACAUUUGUGACAAUCAUCUUGAAACUGUCAAAUACUUUGCGACCUGAGUGUGGGGCUUGGAGAGCAAAUGAGCGGUAGUUUAGAUCCCUUGUUGAUCUAUGAGUUGUCCACAUAGGCUGCUAAUAUCCUCGGUUAUGAGUUGUUCACGCACGAUAUCAUAGCCUUGUCCACAUAAAAAUCUUAUGUAGUCACCUUAAGUUACAUCAUAGGCCAAAUCAGAUUUGACGACCUUGAUAAGGUUAGUUUGACUUUCCCUAUAAGCGAAUUCAGCCUCCUGAUUAUUUAAAGGACUGAGUUGUUUAUCUGCAAGGCACACAAAUUGUUUGUUUGAAUUAACUAAACUUUUUAAUAAAAAACAACAACAAAGAAUUAUCUCAUUACUUGUUUAAAUGAACGGUUCAUGGGUCUGAUUCUCAAAAGUGGUAAGUGUUCGAAAUUGAUCGUAUUUAUUACCUGUUAUAAUUAGAGCUGAACGGAUAGCAGCUGGAGACCACAUAGGAUUAAAUGACUUGAUGUAUGCUACUGUUGUAGACACGUAAGAGUAAGUCAUUGACGCACUUGAGUUAAUAUUGAAUUUUAAUUUAUCUAUAGUCACCAUUAGAUUCAGACACAGAGGAUACUGAUGGCCAACUUCCUAAAAUGUUCACUUCAGGAGCGCUCAAGUUCGACUACAACAUUAAACAAAAAUAUGAAAAAGUUAAAACCUUCAAGAAUGGCUUAAUGUUGUAGCUAGACAUGACCGCUCCUGGAGUGAACAUCUUAGCAAGUUGGCCUCUAGUAUCCCUUGUACCUCAAUCUGAUCAUGAAUAUAGAGAAUUAAAAUGAAAUAUCAUCUUAGGUACACUAGUGGCUUUCCUUAAAGUUUCCGGAGCAGUAGCGUACGUCAAGUCCUUUAAUCCUAUGUGGUUUUCAGUUGGUAUUUGUUCAACAAUAAUGCAACAGGUAAUAGAUAUGAUCAAUUUCAAACACUCACAAUUUUUUAUAAUUAGACUCGUCAAUCUUUUAUUUAAACACAUAAUGAGCUAAUUUUUUCUUGUUGCUUUGGUAAAAAGUUACGUUAGUUCAAAUAAACAACUUGAGUGUCUUGCAGCUAAACAGCUCAGUCCCUUGAAUAACGAGGGAGCUGAAUUCGCUUAUGGAGGAAGCCAUAUUAACCUUAUCAAGGUCUUCAUAUCCGAUUUAGUCUAUGAUGUAACUGAAGGAUACUAUAUAAGCUUUUUAUGUGGACAGGGCUAUGAUACCAUGCAUCCACAACUCAUAAUCGAGGAUAUUAGCAACUUAUGUGGAACUACUCAUGGAUCAACAGGGGAUCUAAACUACCCCUCAUUUUCUCUCCAAGCCUCAUACUCAGGUCGCAAAGUAUUUGACAGUUUCAAGAGGACUGACACAAAUGUUGGCUCUCUAGUUUCCACAUAUAAAGCAAGCGUGAGUGCUCCACGUGGACUGAUUAUUGAAUGGAGCCAAAUGUUUUGUCAUUUAAGUGAGGAGCGAUAAGAGAAUCUAUUGUGUCAGGUUCUUUGGUUUGGGACGAUGGUACAAUCCAAGUGAGGAGCUCAAUUGUUGUGUUUAAUGCAGAGGGGUUUAAGUCAUCUUCUGUUUCAUCCACUAUUUUGCCUUAUCACUCUUUCCUUUUCCGAUCCCUUAUUUCUUUCACCCACUUUAUUUCUCUUUGGUUAUUGUGGAUAAUUAAGGGUAAGCAAGAGCUAAGGAUUGUAUGAUACUAUGUUAUGUGAUUUACAUAAAAGGAAUUUUCAUCUUCUGGAAGAAUGAUUGUGAAUGAUUUAGAUUCAUUAAAGCAUUAAUUAUAUAAUUAGAGAUUAAUAUAAUUAUUUAUUACAUAAAUGUAUGAGUUUGGGCACGAUUGGAUCAACAUGAAAGUUUAUGGCUUCCCUUUGCAAGAGGUUAAAAAUUUAGGAGCUUGUUUACAUUUUCUGAGGUUUUGUGCAGUUUUGUUCAAUUUAGGACAGCAUAAAUUACAAACUUGGUAAGUAUGUUAUCUGUCAUAUUAGAAUCAAACAAGACUAAGAUUUGCGCGUUGCGGGAACGGCUAUGAUUGUGAAAAUGAUGGUAAUGAUCAUUACUAAGACAUGCCUUUUUUUUUCAAAAUGCCUAUAUAGGAAGUGUCGGUUUUUUUUUUUUUGAAAAGUAUAUAGGAAGUGUCGUUGUUUUGUCAUAUUAUGGAUAUAUUCAAUAAUUAUGUUAAAUUAAUUUAUCCAUUAUAUUAGUUAUUGUUGUUUUUUUAAUUCUCAGGUUAGGUUAGAAUAAAAAAUGAUGAAAGUGUUAAGUAUUGAAAUAACUUGAAUGCAUUCAAUUUAGUCUCAAGUUAAGGUUAGAAUAAAAAAUGAUGCAAGUUUUAAGUAUUGAAAUAACUUGAAUGUAUUCAAUUUAGUAAAUCAUUGAAAAUGGAAAGUAAACAUCUAUAUUCAUAUUGCAUGAUUCAACUUCAAUUUACUGCCUUGGUAGACAUUAGCACCAUCAACAUAAAAGUAAUUUAAUACAUUUAAAGAAUCGAUUACUAAUUAAGAAUAAAGUAUGUGUUGCAUACCCAUCUGCCCUGUUUUUCAAACUCACGUAUCCAAUUAUCAUACGAAAGUGCCGCAACCUAUGAGCAGCAAAAGUCGGUUUAAUUGUGUUGAGUAUGACUCAUAGGUAAAGUCAAGUGGGCAAGGGGUGGGGCCGCAUGCAUUUGGCCCAACUGUUUGUUGGGGGGGCGACUAGCGGACUAGGGUGUGGGGGUGCAGGGGUGAAGUUCUGGUUUUACGGUUUAGAUGUAUUAUUGUAGUCUGGAUCAUUAGUAUCCUUAUAUAUGCUUGUAACGCUGAAAAUCUUAAUUAUUGUAUUCAUAACAGAUCAAUAAACGGAACAAUAGAUGCUCUUUAGUCGCAGACGUAGGCAAUUUGGCCGAACUGCGUGACCAAAGCUUUCGUGUGUUUCUCUCUACUCUAAUUUGUAUAUGCAUUGUUGUUCAAAAAUAUUAAAUUGUUACAAAAUGGACCACAUCAAACACAGAAGGUAGAUUUCAAUAAUUCACCACAAAACCAGAAAAUGACUUGUCGUCAGAUUUCUUUCAUGUUAGGCUUGCUUCCAAUAUUUUCUCCAUAACAUUUGAUUGGAUGGACAUAAUGCAGAAGAAGAGUUUGUGAAAAGGUUAAAAAGAUAAGAUCUAUGAACCAAGCAUCAAGAAUGGUGUAAACCUUAAGAGAAGUCAAUUUCACCAUAUUGACUUCUACUAAAUUAGCCUUUCCUAGCUAGUUCUAGUUAGUCAUCUCCAAUCCAGCACCCGGUAUUUCCUGAACUCAACAUUUAGAACAAAAAUUUAAUGCCUAACAGGCUAAUUAAUGUCUUCAAUCACAAACCAGACCUUGUGGAUUUUUCAAAGCUACAUUUUCUUUCAUAUUUAUUAGUAGAAGCUUCAGAACCAGCAUUUGAAAAAUGUGCAUUUUCCAAGGUUAUUUAAGUAGCACCAAGUCGUAGUCGAGGGUAUAUCAAGUGUAGGAUGAUUUAGCUUCAAAUGCUGACAGAUAAUAUUAAUAGGAACAUAUUGAGAUAUGGCAUCACUAUGGAAGAACUCAUACCUUGAUCGCAAAAAAAAAUAAUAAUCAGAACCCAUUAAUUCAAGUUAAAUAUGACAAUUGAGCUUCAUUUUCUAAGAGAAGACUUUCGAAAAGAUAACUUAAAAGGUAGGUAGAAACUUUGUGCAGUAGAUCUUUCCUUUUUGAGUGAAAUUUGAAGCUGGUAAAUAGUUGUCUGAUGUGACUUAUUGUGACAACGUUGUACUUUCACUUUGUUCAACUUGUCUUUUGUAGCUCUGGUGAUGCAAUCUAGGUCUUCAAGCUACUUCUUUCUUCAGCUUGCCUAUCAAAAAAAAUGUAUUCUUCAGCUUCUUCAGCAAGCCAUACUUGCUUCUUCAAGAGUAUGGACAAUGACUCUUCCAUUGACUGGUCAAUAAUCAUUGGACGAUGCUUUCCAUGGAUCAGCCUUAUGCUCUCCAAACGAUUGGGGUAAGGACAAUAAGUUCCCUGAAUAGUUGAGACAUAAGAUCUUUUAGAGAAUUUUUGUACUCAUAGUAAUACAAUCUAGAACGUUGUUAUUACUCAAAACAUGAGAUUAUAGAAUUAAGAAUCUAACAUUUUAACUUUACAAUCUCCCUAAUGACAAAUUCUUAAGAAAAAGGUGAUGGAACAACAUUUCUUUAAAAACUCUUAUAGUGAGAGCUCCCCCAAACUUCUAGAAGACGAAGCAUAUGUGAGAAAAACUUUGCUCUUUGCUCUCCCUCUCACAUGAUUAUUCAUAGACCUAGUUUUUAAACCUUUUUCAACUCUCCCCCUUUAUCAUUUGCAAAAACAUAGUGUAACGCUUGAUUAUUAUGUUACAUUUAUUGAUGAUCACUCUAGAAAAGUGUGGGCUUUUGUUUUGAAAUCCAAAGACCAGGUACUUGAUGUGUUCAAACACUUCCAUGCAAGUGUGGAAAGAGAAACAGGUAAAUUGCUGAAAUGUGUCAGAGCAGAUAAUGGUGGUGAGUACAUGGGGCCAUUUGAGAAUUAUUGCAGGGAACAUGGAAUCAAGCUUGAGAAGACAGCUCUGAAGACUCCACAGCAUAAUGGAGUUGCAGAGAGAAUGAAUCGCACUAUCAAUGAUAGAAUCAGGUGCAUGCUCUCUCAUGCAAAGUUGUCUAAAUCCUUCUGGGGUGAAGCAUGGAGAACUGCAGUAGAUUUGAUCAACCUUUCUCCUUCAAUUCCUCUUGAUGGUGAUGUUCCUGAGAGGGUAUGGCGAGGGAAAGAUGUCUCAUACAAGCAUUUGAGAGUAUUUGGCUGCAAGACAUUUGUUCAUAUUCCCAGAGAUGAGAUCCAAGCUUGAUGGUAAGUCUAAACAAUGUAUCUUCUUGGGUUAUGGUCGUGAUGAUUUUGGCUACAGGUUUUGGGAUCCAGUUGACAAGAAAGUUAUCCGAAGCAGAGAUGCUAUCUUUCUUGAAGACCAAACCAUUGAAGAUAUUGACAAGAAUGAUAAGCAGAAACAAGUUGUUCACAUGUACAUUGAUGUUGAGUCAGAGCCUCCUGCCAGAGUCACUAGUGACGGGGGAGAUGUGAAUGCAGAUGUGAACAAUGCAGUUGAUGUUCCUGAGCCUCAGGUUGAUGAACCAGUUGAGCAAAAUCCACCACAGCAAUCUCCAGAGCCUCCCGUGAGAAGAUCCAUUAGAGAUCGUCAUCCUUCACAAAGAUAUUCUCCUCAUGAGUAUGUGAUGCUAAUUGACGGGGGAGAACCAGAAAGCUGUGAAGAAGCAAUGUCACAUGAAGAGAAAGAGAAGUGGACCAAAGCCAUGCAAGAAGAGAUGAAAUCCUUGCAUGAGAACCACGCAUUUGAGUUAGUGAAGCUACCUAAUGGUAAGAAAUCACUCAAGAACAAGUGGGUGUUGAAGUUGAAAUCAGAAGAAAAUAGCUCAGAGCCAAGGUACAAGCCAAGGUUGGUUGUGAAAAUCCAUACUGACGAGAAUGAUUCAAAUAUGAUGACAAGGACCUUACCUAUGGAGAAGUUUUCUACUUACAAAAAGAAAGCAGGUUUGGUUUCCUAUGGCCUCACUUAAUUGGUGAGGGGGAGAAUUGUUGUGUGGGUCACCAAUAAGUGAGCCCACUUGGAUAUAUUAAAAAGAAAAAAUAAAAAGGAAUUGAAGAAUUUGGACGGUGCUUAUGUGGUGUGAAGGAAAAAUUCUCUAGAUUGAGAAUUGAAUUGCUAACGUUCAUGUGAGAAGAAUUCCUUGGAAAAGCAAGGAAUUGAUUUACCACCAGAACUGUACCGUUGUGAAGAAUUCUUGGAAAAGUGAGGAAUUAAUUUGCUGCCAAAGGAACGUUAGAAUGGUACCGUUAGAAGAUAUGAGAAUUCUCUAUAAAUAGAGAAUUGUGAGUCUGCAGCAAUAGGACAUAUGCAAGAGAGAGCCUCGACAGAGAGGAUAUAUACGAGAGAAAAAAGAGCCUCGUGAGAAAAAGAAAGAGAGAGUAGUGACAGAGAGAAGAAGACCGGUUACUUGACAGAAGAGUGGUACAGCUAAAGUACUCUGAUUUUGCUGAAAUUACGGUGUUUAAAUCCUGUCAGUGAACCGGUAAUAUUAGUAUACUACUUUUGUGGUUUAGUCUUCUCUAUUAUCUGUGUCAGUACUGUGUUGUUAUCCACCUUAUUGGUGAAGAUUGUAAUUGCUCUGUUGAUCCCUGGUGAUUCCAGGAAGACUUGUGGUGUAUCCCAUUAAUUUAUUAGUGGAGAAUUUUACUGGCUUGGUCCCGUGGGGUUUUUACCUCUUUGAGGGUUUUUCCCACGUUAAAAUAAUUCUGGUGCAUGUCUCUUGCAUUUUAUUUGCUCUGUUCUGUGUUUACUAAUUAUUGCCUGAGUUGUUUGUCUGUAGCCUAUUUUAAUUGCACGCAGGGGAAAAGUUAAUCCAGGAGCUUCCGCUAAUUGUUGUCAGUUUAUAUUAUUUGUCAUCUUUCCCCAACAACUAGUAUCAGAGCUCCGGUUGGAGUUCUGUUUGGUGCUUUUAAAAUGGGUGAAGGUGAUGUUGCUGGUACUAUGCUGAAAUUGGAUUCUUCCAAUUAUUCUAUCUGGAAAUCCCGAAUGGAAGACUUGUUGUUUUGUAAAGACUUGUAUGAUCCCAUUGACGGAGAUGGUACUAAACCAGCAGAUAAAUCUGAUGCCGAAUGGACAAAGACAAACGGAAAAACUAUUGGUAUGAUCAGGCAAUGGAUAGACCAGAGUAUCUAUCAUCAUGUGGCUAGUGAGACUAAUGCCCACAGUUUGUGGAAGAAAUUGAAGGACAUGUUUGAGUCCAAAAAUGCACAAAACAAGGUAUUUUUAUUUCGGAGACUGGUUAAUCUGAAGUACAAGGAUGGUUCUUCAGUUGCUGAGCAUAUGAGCAGUUUCCAAAAUAAUGUGAAUCAGUUGACUACUAUAUAGAUUGACUUAUCUGAUGAGCUACUUGCAUUGUUGUUGCUUAGUUCAUUACCAGACAGUUGGGAGACAUUGGUGGUAUCUCUGAGUAACUCCACGAAUGGGAAGAUGAGUCUUAGCACUGUUAAAGAAGCUCUUCUGAAUGAAGAAAUCAGGAGAAAGGGACACGAGAUGUCUAGUUCAUCGGCUCAUACAGAGGCUUUAGUUGUUGAGUCACGGGGGAGAAGCCAACAUAGAAAUUUUCAUAAAUCAUAUGACCGGAGCAAGUCAAGAGGAAGUUCAAGGACAAGAAAAGAUAUCAAGUGCUUUAAUUGUAAUAGAAUGGGACACAUGCAAAGAGAAUGCAGAUUUCAGAAAAGAGGUAAAUCAUGGGAAAGAGGCGAUGAUAAGAAAGAAGAUAAAGAGACUGCUGCAGUUGUAUCCGAUGGUGAAGUUGUUGCUGUUUUUCAAGAUGAUUAUGUUAAUCUGACAUGCCAAGAUAAUGAAUGGGUUGUUGAUUCUGCUGCCUCAUUUCAUGUUACUCCUCAUCAUGAGUAUUUUACAUCCUACACUGCUGGAGACUUUGGGCAGGUGAAGAUAGGUAAUCAAGGGGUAAGCAAGGUUGCUGGCAUUGGAGAUAUAUGGGUAGAAACUAAUAUUGGAUGCAAGCUGCACUUGAAGAACGUCAGGCACAUUCCUGACAUGCGCCUCAGUUUGAUUUCUGUACAGGUACUUGAUAAAGAAGGCUACCAUAACUUCUUUGGUGAUGGCAAAUGGAAGUGCACCAAGGGGAAUUUGGUUGUAGCAAAAGGAGUGAAGAAAAAUACUCUUUAUUGGACUUCCACAAAGAUGACAACUCCUCAGGUGAAUGCAAUUGAGGAUUGCUCUACAGAGCUAUGGCAUAAGCGGCUCGGUCACUUGAGUGAGAAGGGACUUGCUACUCUUGCAAGGAAAAAUCUGCUUCUGGUGAAAGGUACAUCUCUUAAAACUUGCUCUGAUUGUAUUGUUGGUAAACAACAUAGAGUUUCUUUCCACUCUCACCCUCCUCAUAGGAGGUCACAUAUCUUGGAUUUAGUUCACACUGAUGUUUGCUCUAUGGGUGCUGAAUCCCUUAGUGGUAUCAGAGCCGAUGGUUGGUGUAGCCAUGGUUACGACUCCUUGUGUCGAAAGUCUUUCUAGCAGUGUGGCUAGGCGGCGGGUUCCGUUGGCAGCGAAUGGCGGUGCAAGGUGGAUAGCUUCCGCAGACGGGAGGACCAUGGGUGAUGUGGUUGAGGGACUCACACUUGAGGGGAAGAUUGUUGGAAUCAAGUGUUGGAGUCAAGUCCCACAUCGGAGGAGUCAAGGUGAGAGGGAGAGUUUAUAAGGAGAUGGACCCAUAAACCUAAUGCCUUAAGGUUUUGGGUUAAGAUGUGGCGUCGAGAUCUCUUGUUAUCUUGCUCCUCGGCCCAUGGGCUCCCCUUUCUCCCCCAACAAUAAGGUGGUACCAGAGCAAAGGGUGAGAAAUUGAAAGAGAUAGCAAAUUAUCCAAGAGUUAGAGUUGUUUUUUUCUUAAAGUUAACAAGAAAACAUGACAAAAAGAAAAGUGUAAGUUAAUUAACCGUGCCUACAUGGUCAUGCUUUCCUGGAAGAAACCGUAACACACUAACGCCUCGUCACAAAAAAACUGUAUAUUCGGCCCCUGUCUCUGUGUCUGACAUGUACAUUACUGGAAUUGGAUUUGAAAAACCGCUCCUAUUCUAUUCUAUAUAUCAAUUUUGGUAAUAGAAUAACAUUUUAUUAUCAAUGUAUAUAAAAUUAUAUAUCCUACAGUUUCAAUCCAACGGAUCUUGUUGUUGUUGAUGUGUGUGUGGAUCCUCGGAUCGUGAUCUUCUACCACAUCACCAUUUUGGGGAAUUAAUUUUCUGCGGCAGAUACAGAAUUACAGAUCUCUUCAAGUUCAAGUCACUGCUGCUGGUGUCAUUGGAUUUCAGUGUUCAAUUUUUGAUUAUCCUCCCUCUCCCUUUUCUUUUACCAGCUCGGUGUGAAUGAUGGAUCUGAUCAUCCUUUCGCCUGCAGAUGGGCUUGAAGUGGUCCACCAAAAUGGUGUUCAUGAUGAACCUUCUAAUUAUGGGGAGGAUUGUGUUGUUUCAAAUGACGUAGACUCCAGUGCUACUGAAACUUCAGAAACCGUUUCUCCAAAUGGAAAUGUUGAAGAAAAUUUCAACCAGUCAGACAGCGCUGCACCUGGUAACUCAUCUAUAGCGGAAAUUGAAGGAUCAAAUAGCAACAUGGAUAGCAAAAAUAUGACAAUUGCUUUGGAAGAAGUGAAAAUAACAGAUCAAACAGAACAACCAAGAGCACCAAAGGGUCUGGUCAAGAAUAAGAAUGCGAAGGCGCCAAGUUCUAGUGGAGUUCAUGCAAGUUUGACGAAAAGGAGCAAAAAUGGAAAAGAUAAACAGCCAUCAUCUGCGGUUUCAAAUGUUACAUUGGCCUUAGACUCUCGCCCAAGACAGUCUAUUAAAGGUAGACCAUUCAACGACCGGCAAUCUGAAAUGGCCAAGCACUCUUCAACGUCUGAUGGAGCAUCUUCUGAAGUUACAACGGCGAAGAAAAAACCAAAAUCAUUGAAUAAAGGACCCAUUGAUAAAGUUCAAAGAGAAGCAGAAUCUUCUUCUGGGGACACAGAAGAUGCCAAACCUCGUAGGCUGGGGACGCUUCCAGAUUAUGGUUUCAGUUUUAAGUGUGGUGAACGAGCUGAGAGAAGAAAAGAGUUCUACACUAAGCUUGAGGAAAAGAUUCAGGCAAAGGAGGCGGAGAAGACAAACAUGCAAGCCAAAAGCAAGGAGACCCAAGAAGCUGAGAUUAAGAUGCUUAGGAAGAGUCUAACGUUUAAAGCAACUCCGAUGCCUACUUUCUACCAGGAGCCUCCACCCACUAAGGUGGAGCUAAAGAAGAUACCAAUUACAAGACCAAAAUCUCCCAAGCUUGGUCGUAAGAAGAGUUCGGCGACUUCAGAAUCAGAUGGAAACACUAGCAGCAGUUCUCAACAAGGUCGUUUAAGUCUUGAUGAGAAAGUGUUGCAGAGUAACCUUAGUAAAGGAGUAACUCCUGUUCAUCAUAAGAAACCACAACGAAGAUCUCUACCUCCUCGGUUGGCUUGUGCAAAGACCAGUUCAUCCAACUCAACAGCUUCACCUACUUCAUCCAAGGCAGUCCAUGAUGCAACAAAGAAAGAUAUCAGCUUCUCCGAUGCUACAGGGGAAGAGAAAAUUGAGAACUCCGCCGUGUGUAGCGAGACGAGUGACGCUCUACCACUGAAUGUGGUUCCCUCUGAUGAGACAAGUGCAGCAUCAUCUAAUGUGAAUGGUGAUAUAGCAGUUCACCAAUAACAGCGGACCAUUCAGCUAAAAGCAGGUUACUUUUGGAGAAUAUGAUUCAUCCGGUGAAUAUCAUUGAAGCUUAUGAUUCAGAUUAGUUGAAGCAUUAUGGUUGUCAUCUUGUCUUGUUCAAACAGCAUUGUUUCUUUAUUACUCCCAUGCUUGCUGGUUUGGUCCUCAUCAUUCUCUUUUUUGCUUGCACCAAUGUAAAUGUAACUAUUUGCCAGUUUAUUCUAGUUGGUGUUAUUUUGGUAUGCAGCACAAUAGCACAUGUCUAUUAAGUGGAUAUUUUGAGGAAAAUUUUGACCAAGUUUGCCAUGAAAUGGCUCAAGUGCUUCUUAUUCAGACCAACAAUUUGACUUUGUCGCAUGUAGAAGCUGUUUGUGUUUUGGACAAUCUUCUAGCUGAAUCAGAUGGAUCAAGUUCUGCUGCUUUGAUUUAGAGUCCAUUUGUUUUGUUUUAUUGUUAGAAUGUAUGAAAAUGAAAAAAUAACAGCUCUCGGUCAAUUUCUUUUGUAAUUAUAUAAGAAUCAAUUUCCGAUCAA